CGAAAUGUUUGUUUAUAUUUUGAUUACAAAUAAAAAUAUAUUUUUUCAAGGGUUUAGUACUUGCGCAGCAAUUUUGUCCUUAAUAAUUUCUUUUUAAUGUAACGGAAAUAACGUGCGAAAUAUAAAAAAGAAAUUCCAAAAAAUUUAAAUUAAACUUUGGAUGUAAGCAGUCAUAUCAUAUGGUAUUUUUGUAACGUGGAAUAAAAGUUUUAAUUGAAUUGUAAAAAUGGAUGAUUUUAAAUAUAUCACUAAAACAACUUCAAUUGUACAAAUUUCUUCAAUAUUAGAAAAACUGUAUAAAAAAAUACAUGAAGAACGGAUUAAAAAAACUCCAGAAUUAAAUAUUAAAGAAUUGGAUUUUUUAAAAGCACAAUGCAAGAAUGAUAAUAUUCGGUUAAGCUUGAUGAGUUGUCAGUGUUUGGUCAAAUUAGCUAAUACUGGUCUUAUUGAUACUAACAAUGUCUUGAACUUAUUUCUGACAGUGUUACCGAAUUCAAGCACAACUCAGCAAAGUGCGAUAACCGAAAGCAUUGUCAACAUAUUAAUUUUAAAUUUAAAGAAAAAAACGGAAGGAUUAAAAGCAGAUGAUAAAUUUGAAUGUCCAUUUGGUAUCAAAACAUUACAGCAUCCUUUAAUAACAAUCGCACAAACUGAUGGAAUAAAUAUGAUUGAUGUGGCUAACAAAAUAUCUGGAAUUUGCAGUCAUCAAGAUAAAAAAAUACAAAAAUAUGGUUUGGAAUAUUUGCGACCUGUUUUACUAUACAUAUUCUGCAAUCCUCAAACACAACCAGAAUCAAGACCAAUAUGGACUAUAUUGCUAGAACAAGCAAAACGUAACGAAAAAGCAAAAAACUUAAUAAAUGAAAUUAUUACAUGGAGUAAGAUCAAUACUUCUGCUACUUGCCUUUUUGCAAGCAUUCUAAUGAUCGAAACCUUAUCAGUAUAUAAAAGUAGCGAUAAAUUAGAAGAUGCUGCAGAUUUAACUUUGUAUAUGGCUGUUAUUGUUAAUCAAUUAGUACAAUUUGGCUUAGAUCCAAGAGCAUCGUUAAUAUGUAUUCUAAAUGUUUUAAAAGUAACAAAAAACAUAACAAAAAAUUUUUAUAACAUAUUGUUAAUUAUAUUAGCGGAUACUCUACAUAUAAUAUCCCCAACAUAUUUACCAGAUUUGCUGCGUAUAUUUAAUUUUAUCAUUGUGUUAGAGCACUGCGGUAAUCAGUAUAUUCUUAAUAUGAUUCUUGAUGGUGCCAUCCAAUGGAUGUCUCAAACGACAUUUAUACCUGAAGAUGGAAUUACUCUAGCUAAUCAAUUGAUUAAAGCAAUCACAACCCCAGAAGAGAAGAGAGCAAUCGUCAGUGGCUCUGAAGAACUUGUAAAAGUUGUAACUAGUGAUUAUAAAAGUCCAAUUGCACGAUAUUUGCAUCCCAAAAUUUCUUUAGCUGCAGAUUUUGCCAGUUUAGCUGAAAGUUUUGAAGAAUCAGAAUGCAAAAAUAUUUUUACGUUCGUUGAUAAUUUAAAUACUCGUUUAUCGUCUUGUAGUGCUUUGGAAGAGCUUGGUCAAAACUAUAAUCCAGCAGAGAAAGAAUCUACUAAUGCAGUUGCAAAAGGAGAAUGUACUGUUGAAGUUGCAAGUGAUUUCGGAAGAAAAAUUUACUUAUUUUUGAGAGCUCUAUUUCUGUCUAAGGAUCCAUCGGUAGAUUGUUGGUUUAAAAUUUAUCAAGCUAUUUUAACAAUUAUCAAAGCUAACGAAGAUAUUGCUUAUGAUUUUUUAAUGACCUACAUUUAUAAAUUAUCAAUUGAAAUCAAUCCAGAAGUACAAUUAGAAUUAUUAAGAGGAUUACCUUGUUUCGCAGUUUCUAAGCGUAACAUUCCCAUGAUUUUAAGUACUAUUAAAACUCUUUCCAAUGGAAAAAGCUCAAUAUUUUGUAUGGAUCUUUAUUUGCGAUUAUGGAGACAAGAAAUACGCACUUAUCAAUUUUUAAUAAAACAUUUAUCUGAACCAAACAGAGAUAAUUCAAAAUCCUUCGAAUAUAAUGUAGCCAAGGCUUAUACAAUUCGUGAAAUUUGCAUUGAAAGGCCAUCACAAUACGGUCGAGAUUUAGUCAAACAUUUAUCGGAUAUUUUGAAUACCAGCUCUGAUGAUCUCGGCGAUUUAGCAACAUCAAUAGCUUUAGAUGCAAUUGUUGCGUUAUGUGAAAGCAACACGGUAAAUAUUAUUUCAACUUGGAAAACUUUAAGCGCCCGCAUUCGUCAUGAAAAACGUCCAAAAUCUUUGAAAAGCCUUUACAACUUUUUUGGCCAUGUUCCUCUUUUAAAAACAACGACGUUGGAAUACGAAAGACUAGUUAAUGAAUCUUUGGAUAAUUUAUGGUCAGUUAUAGCUACGUCUCAAGAUCCAGAAAUAAUACACGAAGCUCUUAAAGCAUUAGCACAAUUUUAUUUAGCAAAUUUAAUGUCCUUAAAACAUAUUCCAGUUAAAUUUAAGCAAAUUAAUCCUUCAGUUUUGGAGGAUAUUAAUAUGGAUCAAAUACCUGGUGAAUGCUGGAUUGAAGUUUUACAAAAAAUUCAUCCCGAAAGUAAAUUUGAUGCCGCUGACAUGCUAUCACAAUUUAUUCGCGACGAAAUUAAUUCUUUUCGAAGUGGAAUUUAUCAUGUUCCAGAAGGACGAUCUGAACCAAGAACUCACAAAAGUCUGUUUACAAAAAGUGUACUAAGAGCCAUUACAAAUUAUUUAGUACAGCAAGCACGUUUUGGCGAUAAUAUACUUGAUCCCAGCACAAUAACAGCUGCGUUAAGAGCAAUUUCUAAAAAAUUUCCGAAACCUAUUCCACCCUUAGAUUGGAGCUUUUUACAUAUUUAUCUACAAAUGAACUUUGAAACAAGGAAAUACUGCAUUUUAAUAAUAAAGAAUCAAAUACAUAUUUCUGGAACGGCCAAAAGAUUGUUUGAAAACGUGCUUAUUGAAUUUGAACCGAAUUGUUUCGAAGAAGAUUUAUUGCUUUUAUUUAACAUUAUGCCAGAAUUUGUACAAGGUGUUAGUUUGAAUGUGUUAAAAACUUUUGUGGAAAAAAUUACUUUAUAUUGCUUUAAAGAAUCGCAACUUAAUGGUUUCGUUGAAGGUUGCUUGUUUGAAAAACUGCUUGAAAGUAUUCGUUCCGUUUUCAUUAGCAAAUGUGAAUCUACUGAGAUUUUAGAUAUAUUUACAAUAAUAGUUGAGCGUUAUAUGGAUGCUAUGGACCUUGAAUCAAGACUGUUUGAACGAUACACGGAAGCAGCAGCAGCACUACCUUUAAAUUCAAUUGAAGCGUUGACGGCGCCUGCUACUUGGUGGGAAGUUCCCAUAGGAAAAUUAAAAAAAGCUACUAUAAUUCGUUGCUAUCUGGUCCUUUAUAAUAAUCAAAUAGAAAACCCUCUAAAUUGGCUGGACAUUAUCAUAGAAGCAUAUGUCAACAGGCCCGAUGAUCAAUUAUUUCUAUUUCGUCAUUUAACAGCUACAUUCUAUGCUUUUACAAGUUUGAAAAACUCAGUUUCUUGGUUAAUGGAACUAUCACGCCAAAUACAAACGAUACUAACCGAAAUUCCUGUAGUGGAAAAACAAAACAAACUCUAUUUACUUUUGGAUAUAUUUGUUCUGGCUGUGGACGUGUUCUCUAGGGUUGCCUUAAUUCUUGGAAAUUUUGACAUAAUAGCUUCAUCGAGGGAAUCAAGAAUAGCAUUAUUUCCUGAAAGUUGCGCUACAUUAUGUAAUGAAUUGUUCUGGAAAGAGAAUGAAAUAAAAAUUUAUGAAUUUUUACACCAUUUAUAUAAAAACACACACGUUCCAGUUUACUAUCAUGAUAUGUUAAGGAAUGCUAUAAUCAUUUCUAGAAAUAAACCAUAUUUUGACAAUAAAAAUAUAUGGACAAAAUAUGUUGGGUUAAGAAGUUCCAAUUGAUUUAUUUAACAUUAAUAACAAUUUCUUUUUUUUAUCUUAAACCAAUUAUGCAUAAUGUUUAAAGUUUUUUACAUUAAGUAAGAAAAUGUUGAACUGCCACUUGAAAAACAAAUUAUGUAUAACGUAUUGUAAGUUACAUUAAAUAAAGAAAUUUUCAAACUGUACACGUAAGUGCA